UUGACUUGCAUCCAUGUUUAGAUUUUGUUGAAAGAUGGAGACUUGGAGCAAUGAGUUUGAUAGAGUACGAAGUAAAAGUCAAAAUAUGUAUGAACACCUCAGCUCGGCAAUAGAAGAACUGCAAAGUUAUUAUCAGUUGCAAGACAGUGUUCAUUUUGAACCCCAACAAAGGAAGCAACAACUCCAACAGUUGAAGCGAAUAGCAGAAGCCAAACAAAAGGAGUGCAAUGCUGAACAAAAAGAAGUAUAUGGGAGUCUUUCUAAACUUAGUAAGAGUGUAGAUAAAACGGCACAGCAGUUGUUAGAAGGAGCUUGUUGUCCUUGUACCAAACUUCCUUCACAUUGGGUUAAUCAAGCUAUUUGUCAGCAUCUUUUCAGAAAAGGCUUAUUUACUGUUGGAGAACAGUUUGCUGAUGAAAGCGGUAUACUUUUUCAAGAUGACUUUACAGAGCCCAUCAAGGAAUUAUAUGACAUUGUGAGUGCCAUUGAUGAAUAUCGUUUGGAACCUGCGAUAAGUUGGAUUAUGAAACAUGCGGUUCACUUAACAAAAGGUGGGGAUAGUUUAUUAUUUCGUUUGCAUGAGUUGCAAUAUCUACAGUUAUUAAGAGAGAGCAAGAAUAGAGAAGCUAUGGAUUAUGCCAAUAAGCAUUUUCCGGCUUUUGCAGAAUCCUAUUUGUCGGAGAUUCAACGACUUUGUUGCAGUUUAUUGUUUAUUGAUCGGAUAGAAACAUCACCCUAUGCUGAUUUAUUUUCGUCCAAUUUGAAGUUAGAAACACAAGUAGAGUUUACCAAAGCAUGUUGCAAGGUUUUAGGGAUUGCUCAAGAGUCUCCAUUAUAUUUAGUUACUAGUGCUGGUAUUGUUGCACUUCCAGUUCUUUUGAAAGCAGCUCGUAUAUUUCCAAACAAAACGGAAUGGAAAGGAACCGAUCAACUUCCAGUAGAAGUGGAAUUGGGCAAAGCUUUUCAAUUUCAUUCCAUAUUUACUUGUCCUGUAUCUCGAGAACAAAGUACUUGGGAUAAUCCUCCCAUGUUAUUGCCUUGUGGUCAUGUUUUAUGUCAAGCUUCCAUUCAGAAGCUUCCUCGAGUAACCUCUCGUUUCAAGUGUCCUUAUUGUCCUUCCGAACAAACGGUUAGUCAAUGUCGAGCGAUAAACUUUUGAUAUGUCUAUUCAUCCAAUCGUAACGGGGUUCCAUACAAUGGUCAUCAAAGUCAUGAAAAGAUUCCAUUUUUUCCUUAUCUAACAAAAACUCUUCUGUUUUCUCCAACAAAGAUAUGGGAAUCGAUUCCAACUUAUCCUUUUCUAUUUCCUUUGCAUUCUCUCGAGAAGAAGAUAUCUGGAAGAAUCGUAAAGGAACUUGACUUGUUCGAACAUCUGGCACUAGUUUUCUAUUAUCCGACUACAACGUUUAUUAGAGUACACAAGACUUAAUACUCACUCUAUACUUACAACCAACAACAAUUUGCAAGUAUCACAUUGUUGAGAGACUUGGUUGACUAACCAUAAACCAUCCGUAGGUUCCGAUGCAUCAAAACGUUCUCCAGCAAUAUAACAACCUAUGAGUGCAAUAUGUUGCUUCUUUGCUAUGAUUUGGGCAAGUUGUAUUCCCACUUGUAACAUAGGAUUGGAUUUCAGGUUUAUGUGACUUAGUGGGAGACACUCAUCCACAGUUAUAGUACUUGAAUACUUGUCUUCUGUGUAGUUGAUGGUU